UUCUCGCUGCGGAACGUGGGGCGCAGCGUGCGGGGCAGCGUGCGAGGCAUCCUGCACUGGCGCAGCUCCUCCAGCGACGCCACGCAGGCGCAGCUGCCCUCCAGCUACAGCUAUACCAUGGGCGUGCAGGACACCUCGAAGAGGACCUCUGGCACUCAGCCUCCCACACCCACCUCCUCCAUGCCCGUUUCUCUGUCCAUGCCCCUCUCGCUGCCUCAUUCCUCCUCCUCCUCGCUGCCGCCUUCGUCGUCGAGCAGCGCCACCUCCCUGUCGUUGUCAGAAGCUGCUCGGGAUCGGCGGCGGAGCAACGGCGAAGGAGGCGAGAAGGAGAAGUGGAGCCAUCGUCUGGAGAAGCUCCGAUUGUCACGAUCCCCUCCUCCCAUCCUCACCUCGACCGCCUCCGGCUCGCACUCUGCAACGCUGCCUCCGAGCAGCGCCGCCGCCAUGGGUCCUCCGAGGAAGGUGGGCCGGCUGGUACGGGAGGGCGGGGUGAGCGUCAGCUCAUCCAGUGACGAGUGGAGCGGCAGCCACGGCUUCUCCGGCUUCUCCUUCGGUCUGCUGCAUCACGGUACGGACAACAAUCCUUCCUCGGCGCAGUCUCCUGGAGCACAGCCGCCACCGGUGCAGUCUCUCGCCAGCGGGGGGAACGUGCCCUGGAGGGGAGGACGCUGGCACAAAUGUCGCCUGGUCCUCCGAGAGCGGGACAGAGAAGGUGGCGAGCGUGGAGAGGAGUACUACCUGGAAUUCUUCAUCCCACCCAAAGUGAGUUCUGAUGAACAGGAAGAUGCCGAGGGUGUGUGCGGGGCGCCGUUGGACAUCAGCGGGACACCUGAGAUCGGUGACCGCCUUUCACAAGUGUGUUAUGGCGGGAUCGGCGGCUCCUCUCCUCUCAUGGAUCCUCUCCCGCCCGAGCUGCCACCUCGAGCGCCUCUCGAUGAACCAGAUGGCCGGAUUCACGGAGGGGGCGGGGCUAGUCUGGGCACGCCGUUUGCUGAGACGCCAGACGCCACAGGGUCUUUCCUGUUCUCUGACGUGACGCCGGUUGAGGCGGUGGAGCACCCGCUCAGCGAGUGUCAGUGGUUCCACGGCACGCUGUCCCGCCUCAAAGCCGCUCAGCUGGUGCUGGCUGGAGGCCCGGCGAGCCACGGCGUCUUUCUGGUCCGUCAAAGCGAGACGCGGCGCGGAGAAUACGUCCUCACCUUCAACUUCCAGGGAAAAGCCAAGCACCUCCGCCUCUCGCUGAAUGAGGACGGUCAGUGUCGAGUGCAGCACCUGUGGUUCCAGUCCAUCUUCGACAUGCUCGAGCACUUCCGCGUGCACCCGAUCCCCCUGGAGUCCGGCGGCGCCUCCGACGUCACGCUCAUCAGCUUCGUGGGCGCUACCGCCAUACGGCAGCCAGGCCGGGACAGGGCGGGCAGUCGGCCUACAGCCUGUGAUGUCAUCACCACGCGCCAUCCUGACUCUCCAUCAACCCCCAUCUCUGACUGUGUGUAA